GAAACUGGAGAUGACGACGACUACUCAGCCAGCGCUACCGCCAUCUUGGAGAAAGGCCGUGGGGACAGCUGGAGGCGACGGAGCAGCAAGAGGAGGAGAAGCUCCUCACCCUUGUCCGUCUCCCUCAGGAGGAGGUCAUCGGUCUUCACCACCGGAUCUGGCGAAAUAUCGAUUGAAGAUGACGAACAAGAACAGAUUUUCCAAAACAUGCGGAUCCACAAGGAAGUCGUUGCGCAUAUCAAGUACCAACCAUGGCCUAUACAGAAAAAACUGCGGUUGGUUCAGGCAGCUAAGUCUUAUAUCAAACAGCACGAGGGGCAAAUUCAAGAAAGGCUGGCGCAGAGGAGGAGUGCCAGGGACAUUCUUGCGCGCAUCAACAUUCUAUUGAUACACAAUUGGAAUUAUGUUAAAAGAGAGUUCAUCAAUCUGGCGAACAACAUGAUUCCCUGGGAGCCUAGAAUCAAGCGGAUAGAGUCCCAUUUCGGGACAGUUGUCGCAUCUUACUUCACAUUUUUGAGAUGGAUGGCGGUUAAUUCCAAACAAAGCAAACUAUCGGAAAAAGAUGAUGAUUGCAUAUUUACAUGGAAGAUGUUUACAAGCUGGGAUUUCAUGAUUGGUAAUCCGGAAACGGCUCAUAAUAGGACUUCAUCGAUCAUUUUAGGUUUCAAGGAAGCACUUUUAGAAGAAGCUGAGAAGACACGCGAGGAAGGAAGAAACUGGAAACUGUUCUCUAUAAGGAUAUUCUCACAUUUCAAUGUAAUAUGGCUGUUGGCAUCUUCAGUGUACGCAGUCAUAAAAGUGGUUGGCCGCUCUGAUGAAAGCAGCUUAAAAGAAGCCAAAAGCUGGUGGCAACAAAAUGAAGUGACUGUAGUGAUCACCCUCAUCGGGACUGUUUAUCCAAUCGUUUUCGACGGUAUUAGUUAUCUUGAAAAGUACCAUCCCAGAAAGGCACUAAGGCUACAACUUGCGAGAAUUAUGGUUUUGAACUUGCUGAAUCUAUACUCCUUUAUUUUUGCUACUUUUUCAGUGAUCCAUGGAAAAUCAACAAGAUUAAGUGAACUCAAGAAGAAUUUGACUAAAAUGAUUACCAACAUCUCGGAAUCAAGACAAAAAGUUAGUGUUGUUCCAACAAAACCCAGUUUCACAACGGAAUCACUAGUUGUGGCUGCAUUGAUUUUAACAAACGUAUCUACACAUCCUCAUUUGACUGAGAAUCCAACAACUAUUUCUUAUCCUACCGUUCUAAGUGAUAAUUAUUCGAAUUUUACAGAACAUGCUCCUAUAUUAAUUAAUGGGGAGCCAGUAUCUAACAAUGAUUUCUUUAAUGCAACUAUCCCGGAAUCUAACAAAAGUUCUAGUUCAUUUUUUAACGAAGAAUAUGAAGAUGAAUUAAAUAGAGAUAAAAUUGGAGUAACACUAUACGAAGAUAACAACACGUUAUCAGACGCGUUAACACCAAGCGUUAGUGAAAACUGUUUAUAUGACUGUGUGACAAACGCGAGUGGAACUGAAGAUUACUCAACAACCGUAGCAAUUGACUUGACGCAAGAAAGGAGUACUACACCAUUAAGCACAACUUCGAUUCCAAUCAAAGCAUUGACCAACGAAAAAAACAUUGCAACUCAAAAAACAACAAAAUCGAUCUCAUACAAUGUUACAACUAGUGCAAAGCCAGGAGGAAAAUAUGAUUUAUCCCAAAAACGAACUACCCUUACUUAUAAUGGGACAACGCAGAUAGAUUCCUCUGAAAAAGAUUUAUCAUUUUACAUAAAAUAUCUAGACAGAAAAAGUAAAAAAGAACUUCACAAUCUUUGUUGGGAAACGAUGUUUGGGCAAGAAUUAGUCAAACUGACAGUCAUGGACUUGCUCAUGACAGUCCUCGGUAUAAUAAUGGGAGACUUUUUUAGAGCAUUAUUUGUUCGAUUUAUGAACAAAUCUUGGUGUUGGGAUUUAGAAAAAAAAUUUCCACAAUACGCAGAUUUCAAGAUGGCGGAAAACAUCCUUCAUCUGGUGAACAACCAAGGUAUGGUGUGGAUGGGAAUGUUCUUCUCUCCUGGGUUACCACUGAUAAAUCUUAUCAAACUCGUAGUGAUGAUGUAUAUGAGAUCUUGGGCUGUACUUACAUGCAACAUACCACAUGAAGUCGUGUUCAGAGCAUCGAGAUCAAACAAUUUUUACUUCGCUCUCCUCCUCAUCAUGCUCUUCUUGUGCGUUCUUCCGGUCGGCUACGCCCUGGUUUGGAUAGAACCAUCCUGGCAUUGCGGACCUUUUUCCAACUACAAUAAGAUCUACCACCUUUUCACGUCCAGCCUAAAGCAGCUGAUACCAGGGGAGACUUUCCACAGGGUCUUGGACUACAUCGCUUCCCCAGCCAUUGUCAUUCCUUUGCUGAUGCUUCUCAUUCUGAUUAUUUAUUACCUGCUGUCUUUGACAAAUGCUUUACGUGAAACCAACGAUGAUCUGAAGGCAUGAAUAAUAUUAAAGAAGAACAAUAUUCAUGAAGAAAUAUCAACGAAAAAGGGCAUUACACCAGAUAGAAAAAAUGAUGACAUUUCAGAAAAAAAAUUUAACAGGGAGGACUCCAUAACAUCAAAAAAGUCCUUCGAAAAUGUGCCAGAAAUUAAAAUUAUUAAAACUGAUGCUGUGGAAGAAAAUAUAGAUGGUGAAUUAGACAAAAACUCAAUGAAACCAAUAACGAAAAAUAAAGAAACAACUGUAAAAAUCCACGAAACAAAUUAA